AGGAAGAGCAGGAUCAGCUGAACUACAGAAGUUCUCAGUUUCUUAUGAGACCAGAACAGAAUCAAGAGUGCCUGAACAGUGGGCAGUCCUUAUAAAGGCACUAAACAGGUGGCUGGAAGACCACCAGCACCUCCCUUUUAUGAAAUGAAAAUAUUCUCCUGAAAUUCAUCACCAACAACCAGGAUAUUUAUCAAAGAGCAUUGUUAAACUGCUGAAAGAGGUGAAGCAGAAGCCGUCUUGAAGAAUCUCUAGAACACACAGAAACAGUUUGCUACAUUUACCAGAUAAAUGAAGCCAAGUCCCAAAAUGGAGAAACAUCAGCACUCUGUCAAGAGUUUUACUAAACAGAGUAAUCUCAAAAUACACCAGCACAUUCACACAGGAGAGAAACCGUAUUACUGCUCAGACUGUGGGAAGAGUUUUACUAAACAGAGUAAUCUCAAAAUACACCAGCGCAUUCACACAGGAGAAAAACCGUAUCACUGCUCAGACUGUGGGAAGACUUUUAAUCAACAGAGUAAACUCAAACUGCAUCAACGCAUUCACACAGGAGAAAAACCAUAUUGCUGCUCAGACUGUGGGAACAGUUUUAAUCAACAGAGUCAUCUCAAAAUUCACCAGCGCAUUCACACCAGAGAGAAACCAUAUUACUGCUCAGACUGUGGAAAGAGAUUUACUGCACAGAGUAAUCUCAAACUGCAUCAGCGCAUUCACACAGGAGAGAAACCGUAUCACUGCUCAGACUGUGGGAAGAGUUUUACUGAACAGAGUAGUCUCAAAAAACACCAGCGAAUUCACACAGGAGAGAAACCAUAUUACUGCUCAGACUGUGGGAAGAGUUUUACUGAACAGAGUAGUCUCAAAAAACACCAGCGCAUUCACACAGGAGAGAAACCGUAUCACUGCUCAGACUGUGGGAAGAGUUUUACUGAACAGAGUGCUUUCAAAAAACACGAACGCAUUCACACAGGAGAGAAACCGUAUCACUGCUCAGACUGUGGGAAGAAUUUUACUCAACAGAGUAAUCUCCGAAAACACCAGCGCAUUCACACAGGAGAGAAACCGUAUCACUGCUUAGACUGUGGGAAGAAUUUUAAUCAACAGAGUAUUCUCCAACGACACCAGCGCAUUCACACAGGAGUGAAACCGUAUUAUUGCUCAGAGUGUGGGGAGAGUUUUACUCAACAGAGUAAACUCAAAAAACACCAACAAAUUCACACAGGAUAGAAACUCCAUCUCAAAUCAGUUUAAAGGCAAUUAAAAGUGCAAAUCGUAAAUCUUUCAGACAGAACACGUUAUCCUACACAAAUGUUUCACUUUGUCACUUGGGACACGUUCCACCAGAAACAAACAUGAACUGAAUUUAACAAUGGGUUUUACAGGUUCAGCAAAAUGAAUCUUAUCCAGCGAUCAUGUUUAUUGAAUUCCAUGUUAUGUUUUCUUAUAUGUUCGAUAUUCCAGAACAUUCUUCGUGAGACAGAGCUGAGUUUUUAGGGUAGUUACGGUAGGAGUUCAGUUCUGAAGAAGGGAAAAAACUUAGUCUUUAAAAUUUAGAUGUGAUUGUUAGAGUAGGAUUCUUAGCUGGCAACUAAACAUUUCGACCAAAUCGUCAGAGCUUAUGAUUUGAAUGCUUUUAAUGUCCUUUCUAGUUUAUGCAGAUUUGAUUAUUUCUAUUAAUUUCUAGUAUCUCUUUUUUUCACUCUGCGGAAGCCGUCCUCAGUUCCCCAAGCUUAGCAUAGCAUAGCUUAAUGCUAUUAACCGCUAGGCCCAUCUGUAUGAAAGAAGAACUGAAAACACCACCUGAGGAACUCCAGAGUGUGCUCCCAAAAGUGAGACCCAGAGCCACAGACAGAUGACACUGUGCUGGGUACUGCCCUGUGGACCGGAGGAGCAUCCAGACUCUGCAGAGAGGCCAACAAAAUCCUUUCCAGAGGUUAAAUAAAACACUCCAUCUGUAGUUCCCAUACUGAAAUCAACCCACUCCUGGCUUGUGUAGUGCAGUAAGGUUGCAGGCUCAUUCACUCCCUCUGCUGGUGUUCUCGUUGGUCUAUGGUUCAGUCGUUCUGAUUAAAAAUCUGUGACCAUAGAGGGAUAUUUGGUUGUUGUAUUACUCAAGUUUUAUGCUCUUUUAUAUUUUUCUUAUUGAAUAUUAUAUGUUGCUUAAGGUUUUUUAAUCUCCAACAUUUACUAAGAAUAUCCAAAUCUUGUAGUUUCUUAAUUGUUUUUAUCCACUACAAACUAUUUUCUUUGUAUGGCUUCACUUCUAUAUUUACUCAUCUGGGUGUUUUAAUUAACGGCUUUUAGAUUGCAGAUCUGCAAUCUCAUUGUGUUUUCUCAACAUAUGUUGGACAUGAAACCUAUAGGCCUGAGAUUGUCUCAUGUUAUUAUUUGUUAAAUACUCAAAGGCGUCCAAAAGAGAAAUCCAGCGUAAAAUGGAUUUGUGUGUAAGUGUAACAUAAUAGUCAAUUUAAGAUUGAAAUUCAGAAAAAUAUGUUUUUUUGUUAUUGGUUCAGGCUUAAAAGGGUUAAAUAUACAAUUACUUCCAAAGGUAGAGUAACAUGUGUUUAACUUGAUUUCAUGUUUAUAAAGUAUUUUUAAAAUGUGAA